CCGCCGAGGUGGCUGCGUUUCGUCCCGUCCCAUCCCGGUUCUGCCGCCGGCGAGCGACGAGAUGCGGCACCUCCUCCUCUCCGGCCUCCUCCGCCGCCGCACCUCCUCCCCUUCCCACCAUCUCCACCUCGUCAGGGCGCUCUCCGCCUCGUCCCCGCUCCCGGCCUCCGACGCCGACCUCCGCAAGUACGCCGGCUACGCGCUGCUCCUCCUCGGCUGCGGCGCCGCCACCUACUACUCCUUCCCGCUUCCGCCCGACGCGCUCCACAAGAAGGCCGUCCCCUUCAAGUACGCGCCCCUCCCCGAAGACCUCCACGCCGUCUCCAACUGGAGCGCCACUCACGAGGUCCACACCCGCGUCCUCCUCCAGCCCGACUCCCUCCCUGCCCUCCAGGACGCGCUCGCCACCGCCCACAAGGAGCGCCGCAAGCUCCGGCCCCUCGGGUCCGGCCUCUCCCCCAAUGGCCUCGCGCUCUCCCGCGCCGGCAUGGUCAACCUCGCCCUCAUGGACAAGGUGCUCGACGUCGACGCCAAGAAGAAGACUGUCACCGUGCAGGCCGGCAUACGCGUUGCGGAGCUUGUCGACGCGCUGCGGGAGCAUGGCCUCACGCUGCAGAACUUCGCGUCCAUUCGGGAGCAGCAGGUCGGCGGCAUCAUUCAGGUUGGUGCCCAUGGCACUGGUGCAAGAUUGCCACCAAUUGACGAACAAGUUAUUAGCAUGAAAUUAGUUACCCCUUCCAAGGGGACAAUUGAGUUGUCAAGGGAGAAGGAUCCUGAUUUAUUCUACCUUGCUCGCUGUGGACUUGGUGGUCUUGGAGUUGUUGCAGAAGUUACUCUUCAAUGUGUGGAAAGACACCAACUUAUUGAACAUACUUUCGUUUCCAGUGCAGAUGAAGUCAAGAAAAAUCACAAGAAAUGGCUCUCUGAAAAUAAACAUAUUAAGUACUUAUGGAUUCCAUAUACCGAUACAGUUGUUGUUGUCCAAUGCAAUCCUCCUUCAAGGUGGAGAACUCCAAAGUUUACCUCAAAAUAUGGAAAGGAUGAAGCUAUACAGCAUGUUCGUGAUCUUUAUCGUGAGUCAUUGAAGAAAUAUAGAACUAAAGCAGAAAGUAAUGACCCAGAAGUAGAUCAGCUUUCAUUCACUGAGUUGAGGGAUCGAUUACUUGCCCUUGACCCUCUAGACAAAGAUCAUGUGAUCAGAAUUAACAAAGCAGAAGCUGAGUAUUGGAAGAAGUCAGAGGGCUAUCGCAUGGGCUGGAGUGAUGAGAUAUUAGGCUUUGAUUGUGGUGGGCAACAGUCGGUUUCUGAAACCUGCUUCCCUGCAGGGACCCUAGCAAAGCCUAAUUUGAAGGAUUUAGAUUAUAUGGAGGAGCUGCUGCAGUUGAUUGAGAAGGAAGAUAUACCUGCACCUGCACCUAUUGAGCAGCGUUGGACUGCCCGCAGCAGGAGUCCCAUGAGCCCAGCAUCAAGCUCUCAAGAAGAUGACAUAUUUUCAUGGGUUGGUAUAAUAAUGUACCUCCCAACAUCGGAUGCUCGCCAAAGGAAGGAAAUCACAGAGGAAUUUUUUAAUUACAGAAGUAUGACGCAAACAAAUCUAUGGGAUGGUUAUUCUGCAUACGAACACUGGGCCAAAAUUGAGGUUCCAAAGGACAAGGAUGAACUUGCUGAACUCCAGGUUAGAUUGAGGAAGCGUUUCCCAGUAGAUGAAUAUAACAAAGCACGCAUGGAGCUUGACCCUAACAAGGUUCUUUCUAAUGCAAAGUUAGAGAAGCUCUUCCCAGUAACGGAGGCUGUUCAACAUGCCAAGUAAGGUUGUUCUGAUUGUUGACAUGUUUGAAGAGAUGUCGCGGAUACUCAAAUCAAUAGCGAAAACUACAAUUUUGUUGGUACCUGGUGGUUUACAUUACAUUACUGGAUAUGCAGAAUUAAGUUCUUUGUAGUGGUGAAGGGUUGAGUGGUCCCCCUCUUGGGUCAGUGCUUAGUUUAGUCAGUACUCAGUACUGAACUGACGUGUUUGUUGCUUCAGGCUUAUCCCUGGAUUCAUACCUGGAAAACUCCUUGGUCUGUUUUGUAUCGAGAGAAAUGGCAUGUACACCAGCAGAAAUAAAGUACGAGAAAAAACCAUUUGAUGCUCUUCAAGAAAGUAAAGAUUUAGCCUGUCUA